AUGGGGAGGGAGCAGGUUGAUUCCACUCGAGUUCUUAGCCAAAGUUGUGGUCCUAGAGUUAGCGCUCGAUUACUGGCGGAGAUUCCGUGUGAUAUGAGCAAAUCAAGCUACUGCAGUGCGCCUGGAAGUGCAUAUCCAUGGAGUUCAGUGAAGAGAUACAUCAACGACAACCAAGGACUCGUGCGAAGAAUGUACGGAGACGAAAAGCAUAGCUCAGUUCUCCUGAACGAGAUCGACAGCUUCAAGGCCAAAUUCGACAUGUUACAAGCUACCAUCGACAGUACACGCAGCCGGACUGUUUAUGGACGAUCUGCAAGAGCUGGAAAUUACAGGCGAAGUCAUCGCCAACCUCGGCCACAAAUCUUCAAAGAUGAUACGGAUGAGUUGCAAGUUGACCAAUCAACAGCAGACACACCUGCAACCAUUUUUCGCGUUGUAACUGAAACUUCCAUCAAGGUUGGUGAUGUCGUAACUCCAUCCAUGAUGUCUGGAGAAACGAAAAUUUACGACCCAAUCACUGAGCGUGAUGACAGCACGGGGUCUAUAUUUUUUACUUCGAGGAACAUUCCUACAACGGCCACUGAGACUGUCGCUACGACGACAGAACCAGUUGAAGAUUUGACGAUAAAUUCAACUGAAACUCAAUUUCCUACAGAAUCCUCAACGGUGAGUGAUAGUACGACUGCGUCCCCUGAUCACUGGACGACCCAUUCCAUAAACCGGGACAGUCCUGUUGCCAUGGAAAGGGUGAGUUACGACGACGAUUACGACUACGAGCCUAGGAGGAAAAUGGAGCCUUCUGUGCUUCAGAAUAGCGUCGAAGAAAAAAUUUCACCGAAGCCCGAAGAAAUGAAAAGGACAAGCAUCGACAAAUUGAAAGAAACGAUUGUUAUAACUGAUGAUGACCUUGAUAUUGAUGCAUCUAUCGAAGAAGGAGUACGAGAAGAUAACGAAACAAUAGACAAAACUCAAGAAAAAGAUGAGGAAGAAAAGGAUGAAGAAGUGCCUAGGAGAGGAAUAAAUGCCUGCCCAGUGAAAAACGAAGUCAUUGCUCCUUAUUGGGCUAAUAACACUAGAGGAGAAACCCUGGCGUUAUUAAAUGUUCAUCCCUUUGAGCAAUAUGUCCAUUUUGAGAAAUGCGCGUUCGAAAACCACCAAAUGCUCUGUAGAGAAGGUUGCCGGUGCGAGCAGCAGUAUCGUCUGCACAGAUUGUUGGCAUUCGAUCCUAAAAACGAAUGCCGUGGAAUAUUUUCAGACUGGUUUCGAUUUCCAUCUUGCUGCGUCUGUAUCUGUUACGAUCUUACGCCUGACAUUCCAAGAACAAGAAGUAGAAAAGGAAGAAUGUGA